UGAUACAUCACAAGUUUACACUUCAAGAUGAGAGACGUGGUUUCAUCAAAUGUAUUCCCCACUGAUCCAUCACUGUCACUACUCAUUUCCUUCAAGACAUUACAUUGAAAUUUUCAGCAACAGCUGGUGUCUUCUGACUAUCUCCAGGAAUGUAGAAAGCCUCAUACUAACCCAUCCCUCAGGACCAAUGGCCAAAACUGGGCCAUGAUCCCAGGCUUCAGCUGGGUGGCAAACAAAGAAUGUCAUCAGCAAAGACCCAAACUGUUCCCGGCCAGCGACAGCAUUUGUGGUCACUGCCCCAGUGCAGAGAAGGACGCAGAGGAACUUGAGCAACCUGAGGAGGAUGGUACAGGCCAGCUGCCAGAGAGUGAUGCCGUACCACGAUGGCUUCGCCAUCACAGAGGUGAAACCCGAGAGGGGAGGAAGUCUCAGCAUCACAGAGCUCUUAAUGCAGGGUCUGGUCUCCAAGGAGACCCCAUCCCCAACAUAAAGACCUCCUCCAUCACAGGGCAUCUGAAGUCUUCUUUGGUGACAGAGAAGACCCUUCCUCAGGAAUCAUUCGUCUCCCAAGUGCCUUUAAGAUUACAGAUCAAAGUGUCAAGCCAGAGCGGUAGUUUGGGAAUCAGCAUUGCUGGUGGGAAGGGCUCUCUGCCUUACAAAGACCAAGAUGAGGUGAGUUCUGGUACAACAGAACUAGCAGUGCUCUUUUCUCAGGCUAACUUGUCUAUUUCCUUUCAGGGAAUUUUUAUUUCCAGAGUAAAUAAAGAGGGAGCAUCGGGAAAGGCAGGGGUCCAUGUUGGAGACAGACUGCUGGAGGUCAAUGGCCUCAACAUGCAGGCGGCGACCCACCACGAGGCGGUCAGCUCCCUCAGGAAUGCCGGGAGCUGCAUCAAGAUGAAAGUAUUAAGAGAAAAGCUGCUACCUCGAGAGGUAUGUGACCUGGACGAACAUCAGGAUCCUCUGGACGUGAUAGGGCGACAGCCGUGCACCCAGGAUGGCAGAGACCAAAGAGGCAAACAGCCCAAGACGGAGAGAGUGGAAGACGGUUUGUCCAAGAAGAUUGAGGCGGUUGUCUGCAACGGCAGCAGCAUUUCUGAUUUGAUGAAACAUGAUUCACUUCAAGGGGGGAAACACACAAUGACAAUCCCGCGGAUCAUCCUCACUCAUCCCUCUAUCUCAGAUGAAGAUGUGGAGCUAUGGACACAGACCCCCAGCAGAGAGCCGUUACAUGACUGUGACAUCCCUGACAGACAGGUAUACUGUUCUGACAACGCUUUCUACCCACCUUGACCGCAGUGUAAGGGUACAUACAUGAAGGACACAGACUGUUAUUACCCAGCUCUUUGUGGUGUAUUAGUGUAAAACAAACUGUUUGAAUGUGUUUUUUAAGCUUUUUGUCUGUCAGAGAUUGCUGCUAAUAAUAGUCUAUUUGGUGAUAUUAAAGUCAUUUGCAACUUUAAGACUUUGUUUUUAUUACUAAAACCACAGAGUUUUGCCUGUGCAACUACAUAGAACAGAGACUGUAAAGCAUGAACAGACUGCUCUCUCAUGUCCACAUGAAUUACAUGUCAUAAUUUUAAAUAAAGUCAAUUAAACAAUGAA